AUUUUAGUCCAGGAUUGUUGACGAGGGUCGACGUUGUACAGUUUCUUUAUUUCUGACUUGUAAUCCUCUUUCAAAGGACGCAAAAUGGCGAUGCAAGCAGCCAAACGCGCAAAUAUCCGGUUACCUCCAGAGGUGAACCGAAUAUUGUACAUUAGGAACCUGCCAUACAAGAUCACUGCAGAGGAGAUGUACGACAUCUUUGGGAAAUAUGGACCAAUUCGUCAAAUCCGAGUUGGAAACACGCCAGAGACCAGAGGAACUGCCUAUGUUGUAUAUGAGGAUAUAUUUGAUGCCAAAAACGCCUGUGACCACUUGUCUGGAUUCAAUGUCUGCAACAGAUACUUGGUUGUCUUGUACUAUAAUGCUAACAGGGCUUUCCAGAAAAUGGACACAAAGAAAAAGGAGGAACAGCUGAAAUUGCUGAAGGAGAAAUAUGGCAUAAACACAGACCCCCCAAAGUAGAACAUGAAUUGUUGUUGUAUAUAUAUUUCCUCUUUCUUUAACAGACAACAGUUGAAGUUUGCCAUAACUUAUUUCCUUCCAUAUAAUUGUUCUAAAUUCUGAAUGUUGCUCAUACCAGACCGUGUAUGUUUUUCAGUUCGAUUUUGCUGUCAGGUUGCAGAUGAUUUGAUUCUCAGUUAAUGCUCUUUAUUUUUAUUAAAUCAUUGACUCUCUUUUUUAAUAUGUGUGGCUUGUGAUUUUUGUUUGUUAGAAUUUGUCAUGAAAAGCAGUGGGUUCCAUUCUAUACUUCACAUUUAUAGACACAUUUGAUGGACCAAGGAUUUUUUUUUUAUGUCAGUAAUGGUGCUAAUAGAAGCUUAGAUUGCUG